CUAACUUCUUAACCGUCCAUUUCCAUCCAAAACACCACUUGAUUCCACUCAUUUCAUUUCAUUGCAUUCUCACUCCAUUUCAUUCUCUCUAAUCGCCGGUAACAAUGGCCGCCACCACCACUACCGCCACCGCCGUUGCUCUUCAACAAGCUCCGACGUCGUUCCGUUCAACUUCCGUCUCACCGGCAAACCUCUCGUUUUCCGGCGGUUUACGUCUCCAAACCCUAUCACUCAAACUCGCCGGAAAAUCACUCCGCCGACGCGGCAACAGCAACAACAACGGCGGCGCGUCCGGCGCACGCAUGGCGGAUUCCGCCGCCGGAAGCUACGCCGCAGCACUAGCAGAAGUAGCCGUCGCUAACGGAACCCUAGCGGAAACCUCUAAGGAUCUAGACUCGAUCGAACAGCUAUUUUCCGACGAAUCCACGUUCAAAUACUUCACGAGUCCUGUCGUAAGCCUCGAAGAAAAACGAGCAUUACUCGACGAUAUCACAGCGUCAGGAAAGCUUCAAAAACACGUUUGCAACUUCCUCAACGUAUUAAUCGAUAGCAAACGGAUAGAUCUGAUUAAGGAGAUCGUUAAGGAGUUCGAACUGGUGUACAACAAGCUAACGAAUACGGAAUUAGCGGUUGUUUCGUCGGUUGUGAAGCUUGAAGAAGAUCAAAUGGCGGAGAUUGCGAAACAAGUGCAGAAACUUACUGGUGCGAAGAAUGUGAAGUUGAAGACGGUUAUUGAUGAGAGUUUGGUUGCUGGUUUUACUAUCAGGUAUGGAAGUUCUGGAUCUAAACUUAUUGAUAUGAGUGUGAAGAAGCAGUUGGCUGAAAUUGCUUCACAACUUGAGAUUGGAGAUAUUUCACUUGCAGUAUGAGUUUGUGAAUUUGAAUUUGAGUUUGAGUUUGUAUGAUUAUUUGUUGAAUAAAUUGUAAUUAUGUUCAUGAUUCUAGCAUAAUUUGAUAACUUCACCAUGAAUUCAUGAAAUGUUUGAAAUCAUCCAUUUA